GGGAGGGCUGAAAGCAGCAACUACAGCUGCAGUUACACUAUCUGACAGCUACUGAGCUCAACCUCCUGGGCCUCACUAGCAACGCUGUUUCUCUGCGGAACUAUUCGGCCAUUUUUUCCCUCCCUAAUUCUUGGAGCACUUACUUUCUGCAAGCACUUUUCUUUCCCCAGCUUUGUUCUUCGUUGCACAUCGAGUGUGUUUUCCUGGACGGGCUGUAAGGAAUCGAGUGGGCCAUGGCCUUCCUUGGGAGUGCAGCUCGGCGAGUGGCGUCGGCAGUUCGGCCUCCUCUGUCUCCGUUGUGCCGACUGAGCUCUCGGGCCUACAGCUCAGAGCACACCAAGGAGAAGAAUGUUCCCUAUGAGAAGACACUGAAACAGGAGGGUGGAGCCUCCUCUGGACCCACUAAGCCUUUACCCAGGUCAGCUGAUGCGGUGGUGAUCGGAGGAGGCAGUCUGGGCUGUCAGACCAUCUACCACCUGGCUAAGAUGGGGAUGACCAACGUGGUUCUGCUGGAGAGAGACAGACUAACUGCUGGCACCACCUGGCACACUGCAGGUCUGCUGUGGCAGCUCCGUCCCAGCGAUGUCGAAGUGGAGCUUUUGGCCCACACCAGGAAUGUGAUCAGCAAAGACCUGGAGGAGGAGACGGGUCUCCACACAGGCUGGAUCCAGAACGGAGGAAUCUUCAUCGCUUCCAACAAACAGAGGCUGGACGAGUACAAGCGCCUCAUGUCGCUGGGUAAAGUUUAUGGUAUCGAGUCUCAUGUCCUGUCACCUGCUGAGACCAAGGACCUGUACCCUCUGAUGAACGUAGAUGAUCUGUAUGGAACGCUGUAUGUUCCCACGGAUGGUACCAUGGACCCUGCAGGAACCUGCACCACCCUGACCAGAGCUGCCUCCGCCAGGGGAGCCACGGUGAUCGAGAACUGCCCUGUGACUGGUAUUCAAGUGCGAACAGAUGACCUCGGGGUGAAGAAGGUGAAGGCAGUAGAGACUGCUCAUGGAACCAUAGAGACGCCUUGUGUGGUGAACUGUGCAGGUGUGUGGGCCACCAAACUGGGGGAAAUGGCCGGAGUCAAGGUUCCUCUCGUUGCGAUGCAUCAUGCCUAUGUGGUGACAGAGAGGAUUGAAGGCAUUCAGAACAUGCCAAAUGUCAGGGACCACGAUGCGUCAGUGUACCUUCGACUCCAAGGUGAUGCCCUGUCUGUGGGUGGCUAUGAGCACAACCCCAUCUUCUGGGAUGAGGUGUCUGAUAAGUUUGCCUUCAGCCUGUUUGACCUGGACUGGGAUGUAUUCAUGCAGCAUAUCGAGGGCGCAAUCAACAGAGUUCCUGUUCUGGAGCAAACCGGCAUUAAAUCCACCGUCUGUGGACCAGAAUCAUUCACAGCAGACCAUAAGCCUCUGAUGGGAGAAGCUCCAGAGGUCAGAGGUUACUUCCUGGGCUGCGGCUUCAACAGUGCUGGUAUGAUGCUGGGAGGAGGCUGCGGCAGAGAGCUGGCUCACUGGGUCAUACAUGGCCGCCCCGAAAAGGACAUGUACGGAUACGACAUCAGGCGCUUUCAUAACUCGCUGACAGGCAACAACCGCUGGAUCAGAGAGAGGAGCCACGAGUCGUAUGCUAAAAACUACUCGGUGGUGUUCCCUUUUGAUGAGCCGCUGGCCAGCCGGAACAUGAGGAGGGACCCUUUCCAUCAGGUGCUGACUGAACAAGGCUGUGUGUUCCAGGAGCGACACGGCUGGGAGAGACCUGGCUGGUUCAACAAAGAUGGACCUGCUCCUCUUAAAAACUAUGAUUAUUAUGGGUCUUAUGACAUUAAGAAGAAUGUAAACUACAAAUACAACGAGCUGCUGAACAAAGAGUACACCUUUGGGUUCCCUCCUCAUCAUGAUGUGAUUAAGAGUGAGUGCCUUUCAUGUAGACACAGUGUGGCUGUGUUUGACAUGUCCUACUUUGGAAAGUUCUAUCUCACUGGACCAGAUGCCAAGAAGGCAGCUGAUUGGUUGUUCACAGCUGAUGUCAACAAGAAGCCAGGCUCCACAGUGUAUACCUGCAUGUUGAAUAAAAGAGGAGGAGCAGAGGCCGACCUGACAGUGAGCCGACUGGAGGCUGGUGCUGCCAACCUGCCCCUGGCACCACAAUCCAACGGUGAUGCGUACUACCUGGCCAUCGGAGGCGGUGUAGCAGAACACAACUGGAACCACAUAAGAUCAGUUCUUCAAGACCAAGGCUUCCGCUGCCAGCUGACGGACCACUCUGAGGACAUGGGAAUGAUCAGCAUUCAGGGACCCAAGAGCCGAGAGGUUUUACAAGAGGUUUUGGACACAGACCUGAGUAAUGAAGCUUUCCCCUUCUCUACCCACAAAGUUGUCAAUGCAGCAGGACAUCAGGUCCGAGCCAUGCGUCUGUCUUUCGUUGGAGAGCUCGGAUGGGAGCUGCACAUUCCCAAAGACUCCUGCCUUCCCGUCUACAACGCCGUCAUGGCCGCUGGUGCCAAACACGGCAUCAUCAACUCCGGCUACAGAGCCAUCGACUCGCUCAGCAUAGAGAAAGGGUACAGACAUUGGCACGCCGACCUGCGCCCCGAUGACACACCUUUGGAGGCGGGACUUGCCUUCACCUGCAAACUCAAGAGUUCCAUCCCAUUCCAGGGUCGCGACAAGCUGGAGAAACAGAAGGAGGAAGGACUGAGGAGGCGCAUCGUCUGCUUCACCACCGAUGAAAAAGUUCCGAUGUUUGGUCUGGAGGCCAUUUUCCGCAACGGAGUUCCUGUAGGUCACCUUCGACGUGCUGACUACGGCUUCUUUAUCGACAAAACUAUUGGUUAUGGAUACAUCCGCAACCCUGACGGAGGCGUGGUCAGCGCCAACUUCAUAAAGAGCGGCGAGUUUACCCUGGAAAGGAUGGGAGUGGUAUACAAGGCCAAGGCCCAUCUCAAAUCUCCAUUUGACCCUGAGAAUAAACGCGUCAAGGGCAUCUACGCUUGACAGGGACCACACAUGUAAAAACUGAAUAAAACGCGCUGAUUUGAAAAAAGACAUGCAAGUUGAGGAGAUUUGCUAUGUUUUUUUUUACAUGCAGGCGCAGUUGUGUUUAGUCUUUACAUCUCUCAAAUACAAGCAAAUGUUUAUAUUUUACUCUGCGUGUCAUUUGGUGGGACUGAAAUGAUGAAACCUUGAUGGUCGUUUAAAAUGUAGUUUGUCAUAGAUGGUGUAAAAUCUGCUUCAGAGUGGUUAGAAUCUGGUUUGAAUGAGUAUCAAUGUUGUUUAGUGAAAGAUCCUAUGUGAGUAGUGUCACUAUCGUACUAAUUUAAGAUGUAAACCAGUCUUAUUCUCUCUAAGAAUCACAGGAUUUGUGUUCUUGGUUAAAAUGAAAAAGGUUGUGGUCAAAUAGUCCAAACUCUUUCCUCGACCUUGAUGGAAAAACAUCAUGAGGUCAAGUAAAGAUGUGAAUUCAGAAGGACAUAAGAGAGGUGCUAAGAGAUAGGGAUUGACUGAUUCGGGUUGGUUUUUGUUGGGGUUUUUUGUAAUAGCCACUACCGAUACCAAAAACGAUAUUUGGAAUUGACAUACUGUAAAUGUAAUGUUUUAUCAGCAUGUUAUAGCAGAGAACCUGUCAUUUCAAACUAGACUCAUUGAUUAGGGUGACUAUGACUGAAUAUGUAAAAUAGAAACAGAAGUGAUUAAAUUAAGAUGCUGUUUAUGUGGGAUCAACUGAGAUUGAUCAGCUUGUCUCCUACAGUUACAUCUGCUGAUCUUCUCUAUUUUCUUAGUCUUUCAUUGUAUAUCUUACAGAAUUAUUAAUUAUUGUUUUCCAGACACUGUUUCAGGUUAAUCCUUAGCUGCUUUCUAACUGGGCUGCUAGCCGUUAGCUUAGCCUUAGCCGCUGUGAGAGAAGCUGAUUUCCUGAUUUGUGGCAACAGAUUGUGUUUCUUGUUCAGUGUUUACAGUUUCUGAUUGAGAGACAUUUCUGAGACCACAGAGUGACGACAGACAGAGAGGAGGCUGCAUUAGACCUGAAGUACUGCAUUUGAUUUAUCAUUAAUCAGUCAAUAAAAAUACGGCACCAUGUGAAGGAAGAAUUACUCUUUUCCUUUAAAUAUCUCAAGUAUUUCCUCGCAGCUGUUAGCUGAAGACAUCCAAGGAUAUCAUCCAGGUUGCAUCUGUCAACUACAGUCACCUUAAAUCAAGUCUAGAUCACCUCAGAUGAUCCUACAGGUUGUCACCUUUGACCCCUGUUCCUAUUUGCUUCUCCCAAACUGAGGCUGGGAUCACAUUCAGGGCCUCUCUGUCCUUAAUAUGACCCUGAGAAAGGCAGAAGAAGAUACAUGAGAGAGAGACAACUGCUGUAGGAAAACAUGACUUGGUUAAGAUUAGAUAUUGUUUAGUCUGAUAUUGUUUAGACAAGUUGUCUCCAUAUUGUGCCAUAAUCUAAAUAUGGCGUUCCUCCCAACUCAAUAUAUACCCGAGGUUGAAGAGAAUCCUCAGAACUGAUGCUGCCAGUGUUCACAUCACUGUGUUGGUGGUCAUUUAAUCUAAAAAAUGCCAAAUAUCGGACACAAUAAUCAAUCAGACUGAUAAUCGGUCUAUCCCUGCUAUGAAAGUCCAAAGGGAUGUUGACUUGUAUCUUUCUUGGAUGGUGCGUUGCUUUAAAUAUUGCUGCCAUGUUGCCCCUAUGAGGCAGCAUCAUCUCCUUUAUGAGAUGAGGAGAUAAGAAAUGAAACAUUUUAGCAUUUAUCGUGGGUCUGCUCAUCACAGAUUUAGGAACCUUCUGAACUAAAAGAAAAAAAGACUAUUUGACCACAACCCAACCUUGCCUUCACCUGUCCUGGAUUGAUCAUAAAGACUCAAAUAACUGUUUAUAUUCAAUUUGAAAACAGUUUUAGCAGAAAUAACUAAACUGAACAACCACCUAGAGUCAAAUCUAGCUAAGUCUUAAUGGAUUUUUAAUGUCUUGCUACUAAUUACCUGGACAAAGUCUUAAUCUUCCCAGCAGCUGUAAUAGCAAUGAACUCUUUGGACAGUAUUCAUUCAAAAAUGAUUGUAGAUGUGUGCAGUUGUGGUUCAUGUUGAGUUUGUAACCAAAGGGCUAAAAAAAAAAAAAGUGGUUCUAAAUGCAUGUGUGUUUACUCAAAGUAAAUACCUUAAAUUCUCAAUUAGUGGCCAGGUCCUUUGUGUACUGUAGCUGAAGAGAAAACUACAAACUCCCUCAUAUUAGAGCCAAGCUAUUAAUUCUAAUUUUGUCCUCACAGUGCCCCACAGUAUAUUACAUAAUAUUGUGGCGCUGCGUGUUUCAUCUCUAAUUUAUCCUACGAGACCACAGAGGCUCUGUGUUAGGAAGUGAAAGUAUUCUGAAACUGCUCAGCCGCCCUGCAGGCAGCUGGAGUCAGAUUACACUGACUGAUGUUUGUGCUGAUAAAAUGACUUUUACUUGCUUGUAUGCAAUCUAAAUCGCAGGCAGACAGCUUGAGCGUUUAUUAGAUGGAAAAGGGGAGGGUAAAAAACACCCCGAGGCGCAGAGUACCAGGGGACAAAACAUUUCCUGAAGAAGAAAAGACAGAAGACAACAGUUAUCAGACAGAAGCUGUUCUGGAUGGAACCUCUUGUUUCUCAUCCAUCCCCUUGUUGGCGUCAUGCUCUCCGGGGUUAAUCUGCCGUCGCUGCUGUUUGCAAAUUCACUCAUUUUACUUCACUUAUUUAGCAGAGGCAUUGUUAUUUAAUGAGGCUAUCCAUCAAUUCAAGCAUCGCUAAAAGCUUUGCGUUUUAUCGUACCGUGGUGUUACAUCAGAAUCAGCAUUUUGUGUAUCUGCCUCAACAGUUAAAGGGGUGUAAUUACGUCGCAUUUUUACCUGGAUUACUUUAAUUGUGAAGCAGCAGCAGGAGGCAUCGUGCAACAGUGCAUUAGGAGCCGCUGCAGCCACAUUAAUUAUUAGUUUCGGUUGAAAGUGCCAGUAGAGACAGGACAUUAUUGUAGAAAUCAUGUGAUUAAUAUUGUGGAAAAUUGAAAAUGUAACUGAAGCUGAAUCUGCUGACUUUGUACAGCUUGAGGCCAGGCCUUUACUUGAGAAUUGUUGAAAACUUUUAGUGCCUUUAAAAAAAAAACUGACAUCUGUGUGUUCUGUGACAUCUCAUAUUUGUUUGAAUAAAAAAAAAAUCUUGUGACUUAAACCGCAAAAACAAGAGAAAUCGCCAGUUUAGCACCUUUGAUUUAUGUCUUUAAUGCAGGUGCUGGGAUGUUCAGUAAUAAUUUUCUGAGUUUGACACUUUUUAUAGAAUUAUCAAAAAAUGAUGUUUUCCAUCUUUGCUUACGCUAACUUACACUAAUACGCUUAAGACUGAACAAACACCACAGUUCGUCUGGCACACUGUGAACAGCAGUGGGAAAGAAAAACUAGUGUGUCCAAGUAAAAGCAGCAUUUGUAUGUAUGACUCCUGCUUCCCUCUCGGAUGUUUGCUGCUGCACGUUCAGCACAAAAUGUUUACUUAUGUGGAAUGAUUCAUUGAUUCUGCCCAGAAGGUCAUUAAUCAUUGAAAUGGUUGUUCUCAGGAGUAGCUUAGCUUAAUAACAAGAUUUAUAUGGAAAAUGUGAAACACAUUGAUAAAACACUACUUCUACAAUGUGCCCAGAGGUUUUUUUUUCCUGAUAUAAUUUAUAUAAUUUCAGUUCCUUCCAUAGUCUGACAUGAAUGUUGCUUGGCAAUGAUUCUUAAGCACAAAAAGAUUGAAAAAUUGCUGAUUGUUUGGAUUAUGCAUUUAUUAUUGUUGCUUUAGGAGAAAAUGAAGGCUGUGAUGAUCAAAGCGUAAGGAUUAAUCCAGAAUCAUUUAUUCUGUCCAAAGGAAUUUGUGUAUUAAUAAAUUUCUAUUUACCCUUAAA